AUGGCUAACUUUGGCACUGAAAUCGUCGCCGUCAUCAAUAAACUCCAAGAUGUCUUCUCCGCAGUGGGAUUGUCUACUUCCAGCAUAGAUUUGCCGCAAAUCUGCGUCUUGGGCUCGCAAAGUAGCGGAAAGAGUAGCGUGUUAGAGAACAUUGUGGGACGUGACUUUCUGCCGCGCGGAUCCGGUAUCGUGACACGAAGACCCCUCAUCCUCCAACUCAUUAACAGACCUGCCACCCCCAACGCACCCGCAGCAAAUGGUAUUCAAAAGUCGGCUGCUGAUCCUUUUAUCAAUGAAAAUGAAUGGGGAGAGUUUCUUCAUCUUCCUGGAGAGAAAUUCUACGACUUUACGAAGAUUCGAGCGGAAAUUGUUCGCGAUACGGAAGCAAAGACGGGCAAGAAUGCCGGCAUUUCGCCCGUCCCUAUUAACUUAAGGAUAUUCUCCCCUAACGUCCUCACGCUUACUUUGGUCGACCUUCCUGGCUUGACAAAGGUCCCCGUCGGAGACCAACCAAAAGACAUUGAACGACAGAUCCGCGACAUGCUUAUGAAGUAUAUUUCGCGACCAUCUUGCAUCAUUCUCGCUGUUACUCCUGGCAACACCGACUUGGCAAACUCGGACGGUCUGAAGAUGGCUCGAGAAGUCGAUCCUGAUGGUACCCGGACGAUUGGUGUCCUCACCAAGAUUGAUCUUAUGGAUGCUGGAACCGACGUCAUUGACAUCUUGGCCGGUCGAGUUAUCCCUCUACGACUAGGAUAUGUUCCCGUCGUCAAUCGUGGCCAGCGUGACAUUGAUACCUCGAAGCCUAUUUCUGCAGCCCUAGAUGCAGAAAAGAACUUUUUCGAGAACCAUCCAUCUUACCGAAGCAAAGCCCAAUACUGCGGAACACCUUAUCUCGCUCGACGAUUGAACAUGAUUCUUAUGCAUCACAUCCGCAAUACGCUCCCAGAUAUCAAGACCCGCGUUUCUCAACAGCUUCAAAAGUUCAACGCCGAACUCGCCGCCCUGGGAGGGGCACUGGGUGACCAAAACCCAGGCAAUGUCGUUCUCUCUGUUAUCACUGAAUUCACUUCCGAGUUCCGGACGAUGAUCGACGGUAACACCAACGAUCUGGCUGUCAACGAGCUCUCAGGUGGUGCUCGUAUCAGCUUUGUAUUCCACGAGCUGUACAACAACGGAGUCAAAUCGAUCGAUCCCUUUGAUCAAGUCAAGGAUGGUGACAUUCGUACCAUUCUUUACAACUCAUCCGGUUCUACUCCAGCUCUGUUUGUGGGCACGACCGCAUUUGAGGUCAUUAUCAAGCAGCAGAUUAAGCGCUUGGAAGAUCCCAGCGUCAAAUGUUGUCAAUUGGUCUACGAGGAACUGAUUCGGAUUCUCGGUCAGCUCUUAAACAAGAUUCAAUCUUUCAAGCGAUAUCCCGCUCUGAAGGAAAGGUUCAACGCAGUAGUGAUCAACUUCUUCAAGACUGCAAUGGCACCGACCCUCAAGCUCGUAACGGACAUGGUCGCCAUGCAGGCGUGCUAUGUGAACACAACGCAUCCAGACUUCCUGAAUGGACACAAGGCUAUGGCCAUUGUGUCGGAUCGCUUGAACGCUAAUAAACCUGCCCAAUCCGUACCGGACCCAAAGACUGGCAAGCUUGCCCCCGGUCAGAUCAACAAUAACAAGGAUCUUGAGGUAGACAUGAAGCAAGAGUCUGGCUUCUUUGGCUCCUUUUUCCCCAAGCAAGCUGCUCAGCAGAAGAAAAAGGCUGCCUCCAUGGAACCACCACCGGCGGUCAUUCGCCCUCAAGCCGCCCUCAACGAGAGGGAGACGAUGGAGACCGAAGUCAUCAAACUAUUGAUUCAUUCCUACUUCAACAUUGUCAAGCGAGAGAUGAUCGACAUGGUCCCCAAGGCCAUCACGCUCACCCUCGUCAACCAUUCAAAGGAGAAUCUCCAGCGAGAGCUCUUGCAGGAGCUUUACAAACCCGAAGUUCUCGACAACUUGCUCCAAGAGUCCGAGCAUGUCAUCUCUCGACGAAGAGAGGUGGUCGCAACCUUGGCUGCGCUGAACAAGGCCGACGAGAUCAUCGCCUCUGUCUAA